UCAAAGCUUGUUUCGAUCAGGGUCUGCGUUCUCUGUGCAGCAUCCGUGGCACCCCGUUUCAGCAGCGCCGUCUUCUGCCUGCACCACUCGUGAUCAGGGGCCUUCCAAACCAGGGGCCUUUACAAGCUCAACCAUUCGAAGGAGCGGGUGCUUGGACGACAGCACGCCCAGGCGGUCCCACCCGAGUCAGUUUUUUUGUGUGCCUGCCGACAGGGAGCUCCAGAGCCGCGCCCCACCGCUGCAAACGCGAUUGGCUGUGAAUCUCUCCAGUGUUGCAUCACACGGGCCACAGUCCCCGGGCCCACAACGGAACAGCUUCACGCCAGAGCUCCAGCAGGGCUCCUGCCAUCCACUCAGUGCCAUCCUGGCUCCCCAAAGCUCCUCCCAGAGCUCCCCCCUUCACUCGGCCCAGCUGACUUCCAGCUGCUUGGCAAGAUGAGCCUCACGGCAUUGACCUCGGCCACGGCUCCGUGACCGCACUCCUCUUGCGAUUUGCCUGCUUCGGGCCUGGCUUUUCGUCCGAUGAUUGAUGUUUCUGACCAGCGCUGCUGGGCAAGCUGAGCAGGCCGAGCAGGCCCCAUGUUUGUGCCCCGAGCCCCAUGAAACCCGUCUCUGCCAGCCGGACUUUGAAGCUCUAUCUGCUUCCCCGCCACUUGCUGGACAAGGCCAUGCCAUCCUACCCGCCCUGCGGUAUGGGGAGUCUAGCCUAGACCACCCACCCUAGCAGCUUCUUUAUCAUGGGAAUAGCACAGCAGUCAAGACUAGCUCAGGAGGUUUACGCCGCGAUACUUCUCGGAUGUGGCGGGUACCUACACCUGACGUGCAUGGCUGUGCGGCUGCCUCUCUCUCUCUCCAUCUCUCUGCAUGUGUCUCCGGCCUUUCUCGACACAUGCAGGUGUCGAGACGCCAGAGACGGAGGGCACGGUCCCUGCUGGUUCUCGCGCUAGUGUCUUGACUGACGGCGUCUGCCGUCCGCUUCCGUGCUGUUGUCCUCAUGUUUCGCCACACAUCAACACAUCAGAUCGCUUGAAUCCCUGCCUUCGGUCUGCUUGUUCAUGUUAGGAAGCAUGGCUGGCUUGGCAAGUUUGGAGCCUGAUGUCGCGUGCGAGCUCGCGCCAGUGGAGACGGCUGCGAGCUCCCCCGGGACUGGCCAGGGUGGCAGUGGGCGGAUCCCCCGUCGGGCUCGCAUGGGUUCCAGCUGAUCUUCGUGAUCGCGGGUUAUGCAGGCACUCCAGUCAUGGUUGUUUGACUACGCUCGUUUCGAGCCAGGGACGACGGCCAAGGAAACAACCUCGACGCAUGCGCGUGGACCGCCAUCGUGAGCGGCUACAGUCCCUUCUCGAUGCAUAUAUAACCGGGCGGCCUCGACCGGUUAGGCCUCAUGUUUAAUCUUGUUCCUCACUCAGCAACCACAGCAGCGGCCUCCAUCUCUCUUCUCAUCUCUUCCACUUCUCUUCGCACUCUUCGACAGAGCUUGCCUUAUAACAGCCCAUCUGCCGGACAGAACAUCUUGACCACUUCCUUUCGCCACGACAAAUCCCCCUUUUAGCUCUUCAGCUUUAAACCCCACCAGCCAAAAUGUCUUUCAAGAUCUUCUUCGCUGCCUCUCUCCUGGCUGCCGCCGACCUGGUCGCCGGCCACGCCGCUAUCAUCAAGGCCGUCGGUGAUGCCGGUGGUGAGGGCAUGGCCCUCGGCGUCGACACUGCCACCCCCCGCGACGGCACCCGGCGCAACCCCUUCCAGCAGGAUGCCACCCGCUUCAAGGGUGCGCAGGCUGCUACCUUUGGCGAGACUGUCGGCGCGGGCCAGAACAACCUCGAGGCUGGCACCAAGGCUAUCAUGGCCGAGACCGGCGCCCAGCUCCCGCAGGUUAAGGCCGGUGGCUCCGUCACCAUGACCCUGCACCAGGUCAACGGCGACGGCGGUGGCCCCUACACCUGCUCCGUCAACGCCGACGCCACUGGCGCCCAAUGGACCGACAUCAAGGUGACCACCACUCCUCCCGGCCAGAACUCGCGCAACCGCCAGGGCGCCGCCACCGACUUCCCGCUUGUGGCACAGCUCCCCGCCAGCCAGGCCUGCACCGGCACCGUCGCCGGCCAGGAGAACGUCUGCCUCGUCCGGUGCCAAAACGCGGCCCGGGCCGGUCCCUUUGGCGGCGUCGUCCCCGUCCAGAUGGCCGGCGCCCAGACUCCGGCCCAGGCCCGCCGCGCUCUCGCCAUCUCCAUGAAGAGAUCCGAGGAGGCGCUCGACCGCCUGAUGAAGCGGGCCGCCAAGAUCGACCUCUCCAAGCUGUCUGCUGAGGAGAUCCAGGAGCUCCGCGAGGACGGCGAGAUUGCUUAGACGGCUUGGUCGCAGAAACGCGCAACGACAUCACGACCACACCAACGAAAACCACAACCCCUGGUGGGGGCAUCCGAGGACGCAUGUGCUAUCUUUCACGAUUGUUUAGAAACUGCUUUGUAUGGAAAAUGGGGGCUGCUGCAAGAUUGUAAGAUUUAGUUUGUACUUUUACUGCCGGCACAGAUUGAUAGCCAUGCGGUAGUGCAAUAUCCAUUCUCUCUAUAUCACUCUCCAACGUGACUGUCUCUUGGUGAUCAGCUUGCAGAAUCCACCCAGCUUGAUAGCCCGUUGGACAGGUUACUGAAAACGGCAACAUUUGAUUUGGCUUUCAGGUCUGACUAGCACCCAGCCGGGAGAGGCAUAUGACACGGAUGCUUGCCAAUAGCCUUUAGGCCCCGAGUGGCCGGCUGCCUGUAUGUGCGUAGAUAGGAACAUGCUUAUCCGAUCUAGGAGACAGGCCCUUCACCCAAGCCUAUCACCAUAUCUCCUAGGAGACGCUCAAUGCCAUUACCUCGCAGGCGGCGGGCAAUCUGGCAUGACAAUAUCCACUCUUCAAGUCCAUUUCGAACGUACGCAG